CGCGCCAUUGCAGACAUGGCGGGGUCUCUCGGCGGUAUGUUCUCCGGGCAGCCCCCUGGUCCCCCGCCUCCGCCGCCCGGGCUCCCGGGCCAGGCCUCGCUUCUGCAAGCAGCGCCGGGGGCUCCGAGGCCGUCUAACAGCACUUUGGUGGACGAGCUGGAGUCGUCUUUCGAGGCUUGCUUUGCCUCCCUUGUGAGUCAGGAUUAUGUCAAUGGAACUGAUCAGGAGGAAAUUCGAACUGGUGUUGAUCAGUGUAUCCAGAAGUUUUUGGACAUUGCAAGACAGACAGAAUGUUUUUUCUUACAAAAAAGGUUGCAGUUGUCUGUCCAGAAACCAGAUCAAGUUAUCAAAGAGGACGUCUCAGAGCUAAGGAGCGAACUGCAGCGGAAAGACGCGCUGGUCCAGAAGCACAGCUGA